AUGGCAGCUCUGCGACGGCCAGAGUAUUUUAUCCGCCAUGGCCCCCUCUGCCCUCCGUGGCUUGCCCUGAAUCUUACUCUCCUGCUUCCUCUUCUCCUUGCCUCUCUUGUCAAUCUGCCGUUGCCUCACCUGUUCUUUUCGCCCAGAAAAGAGUUGAUCGAACCUCCCCGUCAGAGAUACAUUCAGCACCAUCCCGAUCACAGUCCAGCCACCAUGUCCAUUCCCGAGAAGUUCACCGGCUUCCAGGUCAACAGCGCCGAGACCUGGCAAGACUUCAAGAAGCAGGAGUUCGACCCCAAGCCCUUUGGCGACUACGACGUCGACAUCAAGAUCGAGUGCUGCGGUGUUUGCGCCAGUGAUGUUCACACCAUCAAGGGUGACUGGGGUGCUCAGCCCUACCCUCUGGCUGUCGGUCACGAGAUCGUCGGCAAGGCUCUGAGAGUCGGCUCCAAGGUCACCAAGAUCAAGGAGGGCUCUCGCGUCGGUGUCGGUGCGCAGUCGUACGCCUGCCUCGAGUGCCGCCAGUGCAAGAACGACAACGAGACGUACUGCAAGCACCAGCUCGACACGUACGGCUCCACAUUCCCCGACUCGGGCGCCAUCUCACAGGGCGGCUACUCUUCCCACGUCCGCACUCACGAGCACUGGGUCUUCCCCAUCCCCGACGCUCUUCCCAGCACCGUCGCUGCGCCCAUGCUCUGCGCUGGCCUGACGGCCUACAGCCCUCUGAUCAGAAACGGCUGCGGCCCCGGCAAGAAGGUCGGCAUCGUCGGCAUCGGUGGCAUCGGCCACUUUGGCAUCAUGUUCGCCAAGGCGCUGGGCGCCGAGGUCUGGGCCAUCUCGCGUUCGCGGUCCAAGGAGGAGGACUCUCUCAAGAUGGGCGCCGACGGCUACCUCGCCAGUGGCGAGAAGGGCUGGAACGAGCCGCACAAGAUGACGUUCGACCUCAUCCUUAACACUGCCAACUCGUUCGAGGGCUUCGACCUCUCGGCCUACCUCAGCCUGCUCGACGUCCACGGCAAGUGGGUGUCGGUCGGCCUCCCCGGCGGCGGCGGCAUCACGGUCCGCAACCAGGACUUCCUCCCCAACGGCUGCUUCAUCGGCAGCUCGCACCUGGGUAGCAGACGCGAGACGCUCGAGAUGCUGCAGCUCGCCGCCGACAAGGGCAUCAAGACGUGGGUGCAAGAGGUGCCCAUCAGCGCCGAUGGCCUGAGGUCGGCCAUGAACGGCAUUGAGGACUCCAAGGUCCGCUACAGAUAUUGCCUGACCAACUACGAGGAAGCCUUUGGCCAGUAA